CUGGGGGAUCAGAGACUCCGUUACCCAGCUCCCUUUGUGGAGGCUGGUGCGCACUUCCGGUGGAAGCGCUGGGGCGAGGGGGUGGAGUUUACGGAGCCGGUGGGCGGUGCUGCUGGUAGCUGGGUGCUAUCCAAAGGCGACGGGGCGUCGCUAGGGGAGCGAGCUGUGUGACCGGUUGGGCCGCACUUAGCGUGGGACGAAGCUUCGGCUACUGUUCGACUGCCUGCGGCCUCCCCUUCAUGUCGGCCCUCGAGAAGAGCAUGCACCUCGGCCGCCUGCCCCCUCGCCCUCCUCUACCCGGCAGCGGGAGCAGUCAGAGCGGAGCCAAGAUGCGAAUGGGCCCUGGAAGAAAGCGGGACUUUUCUCCUGUUCCGUGGAGUCAGUACUUUGAAUCCAUGGAAGAUGUAGAAGUAGAGAAUGAAACUGGCAAGGAUACUUUUCGAGUUUACAAGAGUGGCUCAGAGGGUCCAGUCCUACUUCUUCUGCAUGGAGGAGGCCACUCUGCCCUUUCUUGGGCUGUGUUCACGGCAGCAAUCAUUAGUAGGGUUCAAUGUAGGAUUGUGGCUUUGGAUCUUCGAGGUCAUGGUGAAACAAAAGUCAAGAAUUCUGAAGACUUGUCUGCAGAAACCAUGGCAAAAGAUGUUGGCAAUGUGGUUGAAGCCAUGUAUGGGGACCUUCCUCCUCCAAUUAUGCUCAUUGGACAUAGCAUGGGUGGUGCUAUUGCAGUCCACACAGCAUCAUCCAACCUGGUACCAAGCCUCUUGGGUCUGUGCAUGAUCGAUGUUGUGGAAGGUACAGCCAUGGAUGCACUUAAUAGCAUGCAGAAUUUCUUACGUGGUCGUCCUAAAACCUUCAAGUCUCUGGAGAAUGCCGUUGAAUGGAGUGUGAAGAGUGGCCAGAUUCGAAAUCUGGAGUCUGCCCGUGUCUCAAUGGUUGGCCAAGUCAAACAGUGUGAAGGAAUUACAAGUCCAGAAGGCUCCAAAUCUAUAGUAGAAGGAAUCAUAGAGGAAGAAGAAGAAGACGAAGAAAGAAGUGAGUCAGUAAACAAAAGGAAAAAGGAAGAUGACAUGGAGACCAAGAAGGACCAUCCUUACACUUGGAGAAUUGAAUUGGCAAAAACAGAAAAAUACUGGGAUGGCUGGUUCCGAGGCUUAUCCAAUCUCUUUCUUAGUUGUCCUAUUCCGAAAUUGCUGCUCCUGGCUGGUGUUGAUAGAUUGGAUAAAGAUCUGACUAUUGGCCAAAUGCAAGGGAAGUUCCAGAUGCAGGUCCUACCCCAGUGUGGCCAUGCAGUCCAUGAGGACGCUCCAGACAAGGUAGCUGAAGCUGUUGCCACUUUCCUGAUUCGGCACAGGUUUGCAGAGCCCAUCGGUGGAUUCCAGUGGUAAGGAAGUACAAAGGUUUAAGGAGCCCAGCAGUGUUCCAACAAAGAGAUAUUUGCAAGGUUAUAGGUAUCUCUGCCUUACCCCUGCCUGGUUUAGGUCACCUUGCCUUUCUUCUUCCUCUUC